CAUACAUGUAAAACCACAUGACCACAUAACCAGGUUAUGUGGUCAUCUUUUGUGUAUUAGACUGCCAGUUGGACGCGACAUCUGCGAUUGCAAACAGGAGGCAUUUUCAUCCGACAGGCAUGGCAUUGGAGUGUUGAAAAAGAGCACACAAUCCAUCCAUCCAUUGGUCGAAAGAAACAAACGAGAAAAGAGUGACCAUGACCGACUAUUCCAUCAUGAAGCAAUCCACUCUGUCCUUGGUGGACGACUUGUCGUUGGCGGCAGAAAGCUGCGAAGAAGAAAAGUACAACGAUGAAGAUGAAGAAGAGACGUCCACGCGCACGAACAAAAAUAACGAGACGAGUGGCAACGUCCACAAGUCAGCCUCCACAGAAGCGUUCCUGGGAGCGGGAGAUAUCAUUUGGAAGUCACUCAUGGUGCUCUUGCUUUCUCUCAUUGGAUUGGCGGCCGGCUUUGCCUUUAUCUACGGAUUGGUCGCAAGAGAUCUGGUCGUUACUGACAAGUACUACGAAUACGCCGAACACAUUGUUCGUCAAUCCCAAGCCAAAGCCCGACAAACACACGAUGAAAUGGCGCCACUCAAUCUUCACUUGACAUCGUCUGCGCUUGCUGCGAGCAGCAAUGUCUCGUGGCCCUACGUCACAGAUCCCAAUUUUGUCGAGAUUGCCGAGUCCUUCACGGCGCAUUGGGCCGCCCAUCAGCAGCAGCUCAUUGCCUUGGCACCCUUGGUUGUGGAGCAGCAAGAAGCCUGGGAAGACUACUCGGUCGACAAUCAGGCAUGGGCAUCGACACGCCACGACGACGACAAGGAAGUCACGACGAGUCGUCGCCGUCGUCUCCAUUCCGAUCACGAAGAUGCCAAUAGUACCAUCCCCACCCGCAUCUUUACUCGCGAUCUCGAGUACGACCCCGAUCACAAGAAGGAAUACCGGCGCGUCGAAAAGGGCCCCGGACCCUUUUUGCCACUGUGGCAAAUGUUCCCCAUUCCCUCCGAGUUUUCGACCCCACAAGACAGAGACCUUUCGCCCGUCAAUUACAAUGCCCUCUCGCAUCCACGCAUUGCCCGCGCGGUGCAAGCGGUCCAAGACCACGGUGCGGCCAUUCUCACGGAACCCUUUCAUCUCUUUGAACUGUUUGGGAUUCAUUGGCAGUACACGGCACGGCAGUAUGGCAAUGAAACCUCCCAAGAACACUUGGAACCCCACAGUGUCAUUGUGUCGCCCGUCUAUCAAGAUUUUGACACGAGUGCUCAAAAUCGCACACUCGUCGCGGUGCUCCUCCAAGUCGUGCCCUGGAAGACGUUCUUUGAGAAUUUGCUCCCGACAGGAGACAAUGGCAUUCAACUCGUCUUGACACCUCACUCCACCAUCUGUGGAGAACCCUUUUCCUUUCAACUCAAUGGCAAGGAAGCCGUGUUUUUGGGAUAUGGGGAUCAACACGAUUCCGAACAAGACUUUUUUGACAUUGCGGCACCCUUUAGUCCAUUUGUCUCGUCGACGGCGACCUACAAUGCUACCACUAGCAAUCAUACUGAUGAUGCUGGAUACUGCCACUAUGAAUUGCACAUUUAUCCGUCCCCCGAGUUUUACAAGAACUAUCAUUCCGAUAUUCCCAGAAUCUUUGCUGCGAGUCAAGUUGCCAUCUUUAUCUUUGUCUGCUGUGUCUUGCAACUCUACAAUUGCUUUGCCAUGCGACAAGAGAAGCGCAUCCAGGCAGUCGUCAAACGAUCCAACGCCAUUGUCGAACGGUUCUUUCCUUCCGACGUUCGAAACCGGCUCCUCGAAGACAACGAUGCAAACGAAGACAACAAUAACAACAACGCCAACAACACAACUGCUGCCGCAAAGGUAUCCAUCUUGCCCAAGAAAAAAGACAAUGCAGACAGCAACAACAACAACAGCAACGUCAAGGAGAAUAACAAGGUGCAGUUGAACCUGAACCGAGACCUCAAUGCGGUGGCAUUCCAAGGAAAGCCCAUUGCAACUCUCUUCCCUCAGUGCACGGUCCUGUUUGCCCAGAUUGUGGGUUUCACGGAAUGGAGCUUGGAACAUUCACCCGAAGAUGUCUUCCGGCUGCUGGAGACUUUGUACCAAGAAUUUGACCACCUAGCUCGUCACAGGAAUGUCUUCAAGGUGGAAACUAUUGGAGACCAAUAUCUCGCUGUGGCGGGCCUGCCAGAACCGCAACCGGAUCAUGCCUACAUCAUGGCCCGCUUUGCCCGCAGCUGUAUGCUCAAAAUGACAGAAGUCAUGGCUGCUUUGCAACCAAGGUUAGGUCCCGAAACAUCAAACCUGAAGCUCAAGAUUGGAUUGCAUUCAGGUCCUGUUACGGCUGGAGUAUUGAGAGGCCAGAAGGCCAGUCACUUUCAGCUGUUUGGCGACACUGUGAACACAGCAUCGAGAAUGCAAAGCACCAGCACCAUUGGGCGCAUCCAGGUGUCCGUGGAGACAGCUCACCUCUUGGACCAAGGAGGGCGAACCAGAGCAAAGUCGUGGUUGACACCCAGAGAUGAUGUUGUGGAAGCAAAAGGAAAAGGCGUACUCCAGACCUUCUGGUUGGCAUCCAUCACCAACUCCAAUGACGGCUCCAGCAAGGCAAAGUCAACUUCGUCCAGCAACGGAGAUGCCCAAUCGGAUAUGCAGUCCCAGGCGUUUGCUCUUGACAAUUCCAAGCAUUGUUCGCCUGGUAUGUCUCAGAGGCAGCAGUGUGAUGAUCGACUGUUGGAGAAUGAGUCUUCUGCUCGAGAUUUUCAAUCUUCGGAACUGCUGCCACCUCCUAAAGCGCCACAGAUGCCAACUGUACCGGCGGCUUCCUCACCUCCCGUCGUCACGCCCCCUUCCAUCCUCCACUCUCCUGCGCUGGGAACCAACACAGCAGCCUUGCCGUCUCCCUUCCAGCCAUUUCCUACUGAGCGCGUGAGUUCAUCUCCUGAUCUCUUCAGCCUGGCGAAACCGAAGUCGCCAGCUAUCUCGAGGAACAACUCUAACAUUGAUCUUCACUUGCUGGAACGUAAUUGCGCCAACAACACGGCAGCCUGAAGAAGGCUCCGAACCGUGAAGGGCAAACAUUAACAUGGGCAUCAUCCAAACAUGUAUAUUCAAUUGCUCAUGCAUACAUUCUAUAUCGAAAAGAAAAAGCAAGCUACACAACCAAUAAACCACAUCAAUAUAGCAAUCGUGUCCUACUUUUGCAUACAUGCUUCACCCUCCCGCGUGCAGAUAGUCCCUUUUCAUAUCAUUCCGGCCCCGUCGAACGAUUUCGCUUGUGCUCUCGUCCCUGUUCCGCUGAUCAAUCAGCAAUACUGUAUCCUUUUAGCCAGAAACAAACUCGUCCUCUCGAAAAUUUGCUCCAUCGUUUGACGGCGAACCGAGUGCCCAGCUCUCACAACUCAGCUCCUCGCCUCUGCAUCGCGCUUGUCCCUUGCGAAUGAGUGAACCACUUGUUGCCUUCGAAGGAGUUCCCGCGGAACCGGUACCGAAGCAAAGCAAACAGGGCCCACGCAGAGACUCACAAUAUAGUUCCUUCCACUGUCCCCGAACAGAUGUGAUGAAA